AUGAGUCCGUUGGUGGUGUUGUUCGCUGUGAUCGCUGCGGCCGCUGCGGCCCCACAAUAUUUGAAGCGAUCAAUCGGCCAUGCUGUAGCUUAUUCAGUACCAUCGGCAGUAUCGCACCAGUCUCGCGUAGAUGUGCAUAGUUCGCCAGCGGUAGUGGCAACUGCUGUUGCUGCUCCAGUGGUUGCUGAACCAGCCGUGGUCGAAGCUCGCACCUUGUACGCCGCUCCCGCAGUUUACUCCGUUCCAUCUGCUGUGUCACAUCAAUCACGCGUGGAUGUGCGAUCAUCUCCUGCUGUAGUAGCCACUGCCCCCGUCGUGGCCGCUCAUGCCGUCGCUCCAGUAGUGGAGGCUCGUUCAGUUUACGCUCCAGCUGCGACGGUAUACGCAGGUGGUUCAGCAGUUUCACAUCAGUCUCGUGUCGACGUCCAGUCUACUCCAGGCUUCGUCACCGAGCAGGUGGUGGCUCCGGUGGUGGAUGCGCGCUCUGCGUGGGCCCCUUCGGUGUACACCUCGACAUGGUGA